AGAACUGGGGGCAGUUCCGGGUGGGAGCACAAAGGAACUACGUACGCCUACGGCUGCGACAGCAGCAGCCGCGACGCCAUUUGCUUAAGAAGAAGCGUGGUGGAAUACGCAUCUACUUAGAACACAACAUCAACCGUUUGGCCUGCCGAGCUCCUAGCAGGAGUCGUUGUUCAGUAUAAAGAACGGGAUAAGAGCCAGAAACGCCCCGAAACAGUCGGCGUCGUCAUGCCUAAGAAUAAAGGUAAAGGAGGUAAAAAUAGGCGUAGAGGUAAGAAUGAGAAUGAAUCUGAAAAAAGAGAACUGGUCUUUAAAGAGGAUGGACAAGAGUAUGCUCAGGUAAUCAAAAUGUUGGGAAAUGGACGAUUAGAAGCAAUGUGCUUUGAUGGUGUAAAGAGAUUAUGUCAUAUCAGAGGAAAACUGAGAAAAAAGGUUUGGAUAAAUACCUCAGAUAUCAUAUUGAUUGGUCUGCGAGACUAUCAGGUAACAAUUAUAGUAACAUUUCAUUGUAUGCUUGUGUGCAAUGUGUCAAUUUUUUUAUUUUGUUUUUUCUCUUUAGCAGGGAAGGGAAGGAGAGAGGGAGAGACAUGUCAGUGUAUGGUUACCUCUUGUGUGUC